AUGGGCGUCCAGAACACGAUCCAUCCGCGGACGUCGUUCCUGGGCACGCUGACCACGGAGAUUGUCGUCUUGUUCGCGCUCGGCGCGGCCGUGGACAUCACGAUCGCGCUCGUGCUCGUGUAUUACCUCCAGAAGGGCAUGAGGGACACGUUCUCCGCGCCAAUGCAGUCCGUCUUCUCGACAGUUAUCCAGUUCACCGUCGCCACGGGACUGGCGACGAGCUUCCUGGCCAUUGCUUGCCUGGUUACCUACCUUGUAUCCCGCCACUCUUUUAUAUACAUCGCACUGCACUUCUCCCUCGGCCGCUUGUACACCAACGCCCUCCUCGCCACCCUGAACUCGCGCCAGAGCAUCCGCAGCAAGCUCAACCAGACGAUCAACUGCGCCAUCCCGACGCCGAGCGCGGUCCUGUCGCUCCCCGUCACCGCCCCGAAAACGCCGGUGGACUCGUACCGGACGAGCCGGCGGCAGGACACCACCGGCACCGCGCUGAGCACGAUUGUGUUCACCCCGGAGCCGUUCGAUCCCGGGGACAGCAUGGGCGAUGACGUUGCCGCGGCUCCGGGGCGAUAG